GCUGCCGUUCUUCCUGCCAGGCAAGGACUACUCACCGUCCAAGAACGUCCCGUCCCCACGCCUGGUCAGGGUGAAUUGUUAGUGCGCAAUGUAGCAGUCGCUGCAAAUCCCGCAGAUUGGAAAAUACAAAGUCUUGGCAUCAACAUCGACAAGUUCCCAGCCAUACUUGGUAGCGAUCUUUCCGGG